UUGCAUUUUUGAAAAUACUUGUGCAAGACUUGAAUUUUACAAGUACCUGUUUGCUAGUUUUGUACGUUGGCUCUAGGCUUGUGAUAUAUUUAUUCAUAUAAAUAUAAUUUUCUCCUAUUUUGGGAGAGCUUAUUAUAAACAAUUGUUAUACGCCAGGCACUCUUCUUUUUAAGAGGUCUGUACGUACCAGAAACUGUUUACACAAAAGUGCAGUGAGCGUAACAGUAAAACAGUUUUACGAAUAGCUGAAAAGUAGCAAAACCAAACUAAAAAAAAAAAAGCAAAAAGAUUAAUUUGUUUGAAACUGUUGAGGAAAAAAAUCUGACAAUGGCUAUGGCGAGAACAGAGAUCCCUGCUUCAGUCAUGCCAAUGAGCAAACAGAAUGGACAGUCCAAGCCCAUGAACCUCCAGCCAGGAUCGCUUACUUCCUCAUUACAGUCAGGAAAAACACCUGUGAUGUCCCAGAAAGGAUGCAAUAUACCCCAAAGCAGUGGUGGUAUCAGGUUUGGUGAUGACUGGAAGAAGUGCCUGCAUCUUCCACCGAAAGACAUGAGAGCGAAAACCACAGAUGUGACUGCAACCAAAGGAAACGAGUUUGAAGAUUACUGCCUUAAGAGGGAACUGCUGAUGGGCAUCUUUGAAAUGGGCUGGGAGAAGCCUUCCCCUAUCCAGGAGGAGAGUAUUCCUAUUGUCUUGUCAGGGAGGGACAUACUUGCCCGAGCUAAAAAUGGCACAGGUAAAAGCGGAGCCUACCUCAUCCCCCUCUUGGAAAGGAUUGACAUGAAGAAGGACUAUGUUCAAGCCAUAGUGUUGGUACCAACUCGUGAGUUGGCUCUGCAGAUGAGCCAGAUAAGUAUCAACAUGAGCAAGCACCUUGGUGGCGUCAAGGUCAUGGCUACAACAGGUGGCACUAACCUGAGAGAUGACAUUAUGCGUCUUGAUGAGACUGUACAUGUUAUAAUAGCUACCCCAGGAAGGAUCCUUGACUUGAUGAAGAAAGGUGUGGCCAAGGUUGACAAAGCUCAGAUGAUUGUGAUGGAUGAGGCUGAUAAAUUGCUUUCUCAAGACUUUGUGGUGCUCAUUGAGGACAUCAUCAGCUUCCUGCCCAAAAACCGCCAGGUUUUGCUCUAUUCUGCCACUUUCCCCACCAGUGUGCAGAAGUUUAUGACCAAACACCUUCAGAAGCCAUAUGAAAUCAAUCUGAUGGAUGAGCUGACACUGAAAGGCAUCACUCAGUACUAUGCUUAUGUGACAGAAAGACAGAAAGUGCACUGUCUCAACACAUUGUUCUCCAGGCUCCAAAUCAACCAGUCAAUCAUCUUCUGUAACUCCACCCAAAGGGUGGAACUCCUUGCCAAGAAGAUCACACAACUUGGCUAUUCCUGCUUUUAUAUCCACGCCAAGAUGAUGCAGGAAUACAGAAAUCGUGUGUUCCAUGACUUCAGAAACGGACUGUGUAGGAACCUGGUCUGCACGGAUCUUUUCACAAGAGGAAUUGACAUCCAGGCUGUCAAUGUAGUCAUCAACUUUGACUUCCCCAAAAAUGCAGAGACAUAUCUGCACCGCAUUGGUCGAUCAGGUAGAUACGGUCAUCUGGGUCUGGCCAUUAACCUGAUCACCUCAGAAGAUCGUUUUAACCUAAAGGGCAUUGAGGACCAGCUGAUGACUGACAUAAAGCCCAUACCCAGCAGCAUUGACAAGAGCCUGUAUGUGGCAGAGUUUCACUCCAUGAACCCAGAUGAAGAGGAGGCUGCUCACAAAGCAGGCGAGCUUAAUUAACCCUUACUGGAGAAUAAAGGGACCAAUGCUUGGCAUUCUGCACAAUUUCUACUGAAGACAGACGCAAAGAUGACUCGUUUUCUUUUGUUUAUU